CCUCAACUGUGUCGGAGAGCCAGGAAAGAAAGAAAACAUUUCUGUCCUUGGUUUCAGUUUCACAAAAAUGUGGAUUCUUACCUUCAGGUUUGGCGAAUGAGGACUUCAACUGCUGACCGAUAACAUCCUUAAUGAGCAAACCUUUUCAGUUUUCUCAUUUGGAAGGUUAUACUUUUCUUUACCUGAGAUCACGCAGCUCACUUUUUCCAUCAGCCCUGGAUCCUUUUAUCCCACCUUUUCCUCAGUGAGUUCUUCAGUUUUUAGGAUUUUCGCGGCUCUGCUGAAAUACCAGGGAUGUUACGGUGCAUCCUUCAGAGAGCCAACAACCUCCGACACUCGGACCCGCUGGCCAGUGUCACAUUUAGAGGGUCAAAGAAAAAGACAAAGAUAAUCAAAAACAACCCAAAUCCGGUUUGGAAUGAGGGGUUUGAAUGGGAUCUUAAAGGAGUUCCUCUGGAUUUUGGAGCUGAGAUCCAUUGUGUCAUCAAAGAUCAUGAGAAGAUGGGAAGAAACAGAUUUUUGGGAGAAUGUCGGCUAAAUCUCAGAGAUGUCCUCAAUUCUCCAAACUUGGCUGCUUCCUUCACCGUUUCUUUGCUGGACACCAAGAAGAACAACACAGGGGCCACCCUGACCCUGCAGGUUUCAUACAUCCCUCCUCCGGGAUCAGUUCCAAUCUAUCAACCCCCCAACCAGUCGGAGUCCCAGCCUCACAUGAAUCCCAACCAAGAGAUGGACACUGUCACAAUGAUAUCCCUGGACACUUUGGGGGAGGAGGACACAGAGAGCAUGAUCAUGGUGGAGCCUCCAGAGGAUCAGGCAGGCGAUGACGGGCGCUCCAUGGUGAUUGUUGGCCCUCAGGUGCCUGUUGACCAGGAGUCCCCUACUACACAAACACCGAAGCGCUCGCCUCAAUCCUACAACACCCAUGGAGGGCUGAAGAAGAGGAGGAGAGGAGCCAGUGGUCAACCCAGGCAGCUGCCCAACAAACACCAGGACUUACAGGUUCGUGUGCGGGUCAUUGAGGCGCGGCAGUUGCCGGGGAUCAACAUCAAACCUGUUGUCAAGGUAGGAGUAGCUGGACAAACCAAGAGGACCCGCAUCAGAAAAGGCAACAACCCAGUAUUUGAUGAGACCUUCUUCAUGAACUUCUUUGAGACACCCUCAGAACUGUUUGAUGAACCAAUUUUUAUCACGGUGUGUGAUUCUUGCUCACUAAGAACUGAUGCUGUAAUCGGUGAAUUCAAGGUGGAUGUGGGCACUGUUUACAACGAGCACAGACACUGUUUCUUGAGAAAAUGGCUGUUGCUUUCUGACCCCGACGACCUCUCUUCUGGGGUCAAAGGUUACCUGAAGGUCAGCCUGUUUGUCUUGGCAGCUGGAGACGAACCGCCGGCUGAUAAACGUGAGUGUGUGGAGGAAAAGGAGGACAUAGAAGGGAACCUGCUCCGGCCGGCCGGUCUUUCUCUGAGAGGAGCCGUGUUCACAGUGAGGAUUUUCAGAGCUGAAGACCUUCCACAAAUGGACGAUGCGAUCAUGGAUGGAAUGAGGCAGAUUCUUGGGUUUGAUAGCAACAGAAAGAACCUUGUUGACCCCAUGGUGGAACUCCACUUCGCCGGCAAAACGGUCUGUACUAAAAUCCUGGAGAAAAAUGCUAAUCCACAGUGGAACCAGAGCCUGACCAUCCCAAUAAGAUUUCCCUCUAUGUGCGAGAAGAUGAGAAUCAGAAUUGUCGACUGGGAUAGAGCCAGUCACAACGACGUCAUUGGUACAGCCCACCUGUGUAUGUCAAAGAUCUCUGCACCUGGAGGAGAAAUCGAUGAUGACUUGACUCCUCGGACAGUCCACUCUGGCAUUGAUGACAGCCUUGGUUUCCUGCCGACGUUUGGUCCGUGUUUCGUCAACAUGUACGGCAGCCCGAGAGAGUUUACCACCUUCCACGACCCACACGAGGCUCUCAACCUUGGAAAAGGAGAGGGCGUGGCCUACCGGGGCAGAGUUUUGGUUGAGCUAACCACAAAACUGCUGGAAAAGCCAGAGCACAGGACACAGGACAUCCCAACAGACGACCUGCUGGUGGUGGAGAAGUUUCUGAGGAAGAGAAAGUUCUCGCUCUUCGUAGCCUUUUACUCGGCCACGCUUCUUCAGGAUGUUGACGACGCCAUUCAGUUUGAGGUCAGCAUCGGUAACUAUGGCAACAAGUUUGACUACAGCUGCCUUCCUCUGGCCUCCACCACACAGUUCAGUCGGGCUGUUUUUGACGGGUGCCACUACUACUAUCUUCCCUGGGGAAACAUUAAGCCAGUGGUGGUCCUGUCCUCAGAGUGGGAGGAUAUCCGACCGAGGAUUGAAGCUCUCAACAUGCUCCAUGCCAUCAUUGACCGGCUGGAGGCAAACCUGCAGCACGUACAUCUGCAGGUGAAGGCAGGCAGUGACAUGGAGGAGGUGGAGCUGCGGGUGGUUCAGCUGUUGGAUCAGCUCAUCACAGACUGCAGUGAGGAGCUCCCGUCCUUUGACCAGUGGCAGUGUGUCACACCUCUGGAUCGGUCAAUCAGACACAUCCGGACGCUCCACCUGAAGCAGAUCGCUGCUGCCGCUCUGGCCUUCAAACAUGGACCUGAGACGGAGCUCUCCACCAUGCUGGAGCAUGCCGAGGACUGGGCCAACAGACUGAGAACCAUCGCAGAGGAGCCUCAAAACAGCCUUCCGGACAUUGUGAUAUGGAUGCUGCAGGGCGACCGCCGGGUAGCGUACCACCGCAUCCCGGCUCACAGCGUCUUCUUCUCCAAGCAGCACUGCGGGAAACACUGUGGACAGCUACAGAGCAUCUUUCUGAAGCACCCACAGGGAAGUGGUGGAGCGGCCAAGCUUCCCGGUCAGCUGAGGGUCAAAGUGUGGUUCGGUCUGGCUGCCGACGCCCCACACUUCAACCAGUGCACAGAAGGAAAGCUGUCAGUUUUUGCUGAAACGUAUGAAAACCAGACUCGCCUUGCCCUGGUGGGCAGCUGGGGGUCAACGGGUUUGACCUACCCCAAGUUCAGCGACAUCAGCGGGAGAGUGAAGCUUCCCAAGGAGAGCUUCAAGCCCUCCCCAGGCUGGACCUGGGCUGGGGAUUGGUUCAUCAGUCCAGAAAGGACGCUGCUGUUUGACGUGGACGCGGGUCACAUGACCUACACGGAAGAGGUGUUUGAAACCCAGAUGAGGUUACCGGGUGGUCAGUGGAUCGGCAUGCAGGAGGGCUACACUGAUGUGAACGGAGAGAAAACGCUGUCAAAAGACGACGUGGAGUGUCCUCCAGGAUGGGUGUGGGAGGAAGUGGAGUGGAGCGAAGACCUGAACAGGGCCGUGGAUGAUCAAGGCUGGGAAUAUGGCGUCACCAUCCCUCCGGACCGCCGUCCCAAGUCGUGGGUGCCGGCGGAGAAGAUGUACCACACCAACAGGAGGAGACGCUGGGUCCGGAUGAGGAGACGAGACCUGCAGAAGAUGGAGGCUCUCAGGAAGCAACGUCCAGACGAGAUGGAGAAGGAGGGCUGGGAAUACGCGUCUCUGUUUGGCUGGAAGUUCCACCUGAAGCCACGGAAGACGGACAGCUUCAGGAGGCGCAGGUGGAGGCGCCGCAUGGAGCCACUGGAGAAGACCGGCCCGGCGGCCAUCUUUGCUCUGGAGUGCUCGCUGAGCAGUAUAGAAGACAAACACGACGACAAGUCGGUCACGACCACGUUUGGAGUCAACAGACCGACCAUCUCCUGCUUCUUUGACUGUGGAAGCCGCUAUCAUCUGCGCUGCCACAUGUAUCAAGCCAGGGACCUGCCGGCCAUGGACAAAGACAGCUUCUCAGAUCCGUACGCCAUUGUGUCCUUCCUCCACCAGUCCCAGAAGACUGUAACCAUCUGCAACACACUCAACCCCAUCUGGGACCAGACACUCAUCUUCUACGAGGUGGAGAUUUUUGGUGACAAUGAGGCGACGGCAACUACGCCCCCCAGUGUUGUUGUGGAGUUAUACGAUCAGGACACAUAUGGAGCAGAUGAGUUCAUGGGUCGCUGCGUGUGCCGGCCCUCCCUGUCACCGUCUCCCCGCUUGGCCUGGUACCCCAUUCAAAGAGGAGAUAAGAGCGCCGGCGAGCUGCUGGCGGCUUUCCAGCUCAUUCGCAGGGAGAAGCCUUCAGUUCAUCACAUUCCAGGACAGGAGGGUGACGUGAUUGGCUCCGCCCACGUGCUCGAUGAGCUGAUCUUUGCCGGAUUCCUCCCUGAAAACCUGCAACAUUUGCCCGAGGAGUCGGACCUGCCCUACCUGCCUCCUCAAAGAGAACCCGACGUCUUCAUGGUUCCUCAGGGAAUCAAACCCGUUCUGCAGAGAACUGCCAUCGAGAUUCUGGCCUGGGGCCUUCGCAACCUGAAGAGUUACCAGAUGGCGAGCGUGAAGUCUCCGAGUCUGCAGGUGGAGUGUGGCGGCAUCAUGAUCCAGAGCUGCGUCAUCCACAACGUGAAGAAGAAGCCCAACUUUGACAUCAACACGCUCAUCCUCGAUGUGAGACUUCCUCAGGAGGAGCUCUACAUGCCCCCCAUCGUCAUCAAAGUCAUCGACAACCGUCAGUUUGGGCGGAAGCCCGUGGUCGGUCAGUGCUCCAUCCGGCUGCUGGAGGACUACCGGCGCUCUCAACAGGAGGAGCAAGCUCUGCUGGAGGGAGAGGAGGAGGAGGAGGAGGAAGAGGAGCAGUGGCGACGUGAUUCGUCUCGGCCAACUUCUGGGGAGAUCUUCAUCGAUGUUGAUGACGAGGAGCCGCUGGUCCCAGACCAGCUUGCAGAUGGAGCCAGUUCAGCUAUCAUUAACCUUUCGAGCUCUAGUUCCAGCCUUCAUAAGUUACAGUGGGGAGAAGAAUCUGUGGAUUGGUGGAGUAAAUUCUACGCCUCCGUCGGAGACAAGAACAAGUGCGGGACUUACCUGGAGCAGGGCUUGGACACUCUGGAGGUGUACGACCGAGAGCUGGAGAGGGUUGAGGAGUUUGACGGUUUGUCCGAUUUCUGUCAGACGUUCAAACUCUACAGAGGAAAGACUCAGGAUGAAGGAGACGAUCCGUCGGUGGUGGGGGAGUUCAAGGGUAUGUUCAAGAUCUACCCCCUGUCUGAUGACCCCGCGGCUCCCGCCCCCCCCAGACAGUUCAAGAAGCUUCCUCCAAAUGGCAUCGAGGACUGUUUGGUGCGAGUCUACAUCAUCCAAGCCAACGGACUGCAGCCCAAAGACCCUAACGGAAAGUGUGACCCCUACGUGAAGAUCAGUUUGGGGAAGAAGACCAUCAGCGAUCAUGAAAACUACAUCCCCUGCACACUGGACCCCGUCUUUGGAAAGAUGUUUGAGCUCAGCUGUUCUCUCCCUCUGGAGAAGGACCUUCGUGUCACGCUGUACGACCACGACCUUUUGAGCAAAGACGAGAAGAUUGGAGAGACCGUCAUUGACCUGGAAAACCGCCUCCUGUCUAAGUACGGAGCCACGUGCGGCCUCCCGCGGUCCUACUGUGUAUCUGGGGUUAACCAGUGGCGGGACCAGCUGACACCCAGACAGCUGCUGGCUCGACUGUGCGAACGCAGAAACCUUCGUAAACCGGUUUAUGACGACAACGGCGUGCGUUUCAGAGGACUACGAUACACGGCCGCAGACCUGGAGGACAAAAAUACCUCCAACCAUCAUCUGGGCCCAGUCAGAGAGCGGCUGUCAUUGGUCAUCUUGAGGAAACUGGGACUCAUACCUGAACAUGUGGAAACCAGAGCGCUGUACAGCCCACUGCAGCCGGACAUCCAGCAGGGACGCCUGAUGAUGUGGGUGGACGUCUUUCCCAAGUCUCUCGGACCACCCGGACCUCCGUUUAACAUCACGCCGCGCAAGGCCAAGAAGUUCUUUCUGCGCUGCAUCAUCUGGAACACCAGCGAUGUCAUCCUGGAUGACGUCAGCAUCAGCGGGGAGAGGAUGAGCGACAUCUAUGUUAAAGGCUGGCUCGACGGACACGAACACAACAAGCAGAAGACCGAUGUCCAUUACCGCUCUCUGGGCGGAGAGGGAAACUUCAACUUCAGAUUCCUCUUCCCUUUCCACUACCUGCCUGCAGAGCAGUUGUGUGUCAUCGACAAAAAGGAACACUUCUGGAGUGUGGAUAAGGCGGAGACAAAACUGGUGCCCAAACUGACCAUCCAGAUCUGGGACAACGACAAGUUCUCUUUUGAUGACUACCUGGGUCACCUGGUUUUGGACCUGAACCACAUGCUUCGUCCUGCCAAAUCCCCGGAGAAAUGCACCCUGCAGAUGGUGAAGCAGCCCGUGGAGAAGCUGGCGUCCCUGUUUGAGCAGAAGACGGUCAAAGGAUGGUGGCCUUGCACCUGCGAGCAGAACGGAGAAAAGAUCCUCGCUGGGAAGGUGGAGAUGUCUUUGGAGAUCGUGUCGGAGGAGGAGCAUGAGGAGAGACCGGCCGGCCUCGGCAGAGACGAGCCCAACAUGAACCCUCACCUUGAGGAGCCCCAACGCCCAGAGACUUCCUUCCUGUGGUUCACUUCCCCCUACAAGACCCUGAGAUUCGUCCUAUGGAGGCGGUUUAAGUGGUUGAUCAUUCUCUUCAUCUUCCUGUUCCUCAUCUUCCUCUUCCUGGGCGUCUUCCUCUACUCCUUCCCGAACUAUGCUGCCAUGAAGAUGGUCUCGCCGUUUGGACCUGCCAAACCUUUAGAGGGAUGAAGACCACGGACAGACGCUGAGGCAGGAGUCCGGUUUCAAACAGACUUGUACAGAUCUGCCGCCGCUGCGUAUUUGAGUCCUGUUUGUGCCUUUGCCACCAACCUUAAAGAACAAUGACCUUCAUCCCCCUCAUCCUCCUCGUGCAUCUACUCCGGCUGAAAUCUGUGGCGUUCUCGCGCUCCGUGCUCGGUGGGGCUCACUCCUAGCUAUUUAGGACAAUCAGGCAGAUUGUCCUAACUGUAUUUGAGGACUGGAUCGAGUGAGUGAGACCGCCUACUUUUAUUGAGGCAUCUGAUUGGUCAGUUUAUGACUUGAAUAGCUUACUAAAGAAAUACAGAAAAAAAUAGGAUGAUCAAGGACAUGUUACUAAAAGGCAUCAGGGCAAGGAGAAUUAUUCUGACCAGUAGAAUGACUGAGUAACAGCUGUUAAAUUCUCAAUAGAAGUCAAUGGGAUUUUGGAUUCUUGGAGCCAGCGAGUACUUCCUGUUUAGAACACUAGGGGGGAGGGCCCUCUAAGUCCAGUUCGCAUAUACAAUCAGUGGACAGAACACUCAAAAGGCCAAACUUUUUAAUUUAAAAGCAAAGAAAUAUGUUUUCUUCCUCAUUUCAUGCUGAGAUGGUCAUUUUGCGUAUGCUCUGGUGCCUUCAGGUGUCGUGGUAAUCUUCUGUUCUCACCUCUUUGAUCUUUCACUCUCUUACCCCUCCUCUUCCUCGUUCAGCACAUUAAACAAAUGGUUUUGUUUCCUCUCCUAAAUCUUAUGAAGAAGGUGUGACAUGAAGGACGAAGCCCAACCAGACGGUGAACCAACCAACAGACAGAAGUCACACCGACUCAUUUUAAGAACAGGCAAACUGAUUCACUGAAAAGAUUUCAAUCUUUUAAGCAAAGUGACCCGUCACAUGAGCUUGUUUGACCUGAGAAUACUGAAGAAAAUGACUUUUCUAUUUCAAUUUUGUUCUCAACGGUGAGCAAUCUGACCUAUGAAAGUCAUAAAAAAUGAAAUCAAAAGAGAAAUUAUCCACAUGAAACCUUUUUUUAGUCUUUGGAGCUUCACAAAUCCAAAUCCAUAAAGAAACCAAACCGAUCAAUGGAUUAAAUUUAUCAGGACAAAUUGAUGAUUUGAUAUAAAGUUUUCUUUAUUUCUCUGAUAUUUUCCAUUUCAUUCUGUGGGAACGUCUCAGCAGCAACGUUUUAUCUUUAUCUCUAAUUUACAAAACAAAUGUCACCUGAAGAUGAUACCAAUGAAUCUGUCAACACAUAUCUUUGUUUAAAUCUUUUUUUCAAUCAAUAAUUACCAGAAAAAUGCUUUUAAGUCUUGUGACUGUUGGUAAAACCAGAAAAACCUCAGACUUCCUGCUGACUUAAGUGUAUUCAGACAAUCCUACAGUUGCUGCAACAAAUUCCUGAAAUCUAAAUCUACGUUCACACCCGGCAUGUGACGAGCGUUCAAGAACACGCUAAAAACACGUUCCUAAACACGCGUUUAGCAUACGGUGUUCACACUGGACUAGCCUCUGCUAGCACAUAGUGGGGAAAGGUUUGGUGCGAAAUGUUGCAGCGGUGCAAAUCCUGUCAAUCUUGCUGCAGGUUUUUCUUUCACUACUCGAUUCCGAUACAUCAAAGACUCGCUGUCACAUCCAGACCUUCUUAUGUUCUCCUUUAUGAUUUAUUUUCAAACGGUUGGCACCUCCGUGAAGGAAAAUGAACGCCAAAUCUGACUCCUGAUGGGUCGACUUGGCUUGAGUGUCGAGGUGAGUUCAAUGGCUGCGCGUUUUUUUACGUAGAGCCCGAACAAAAGUUUCAAAACCAUGCAUAGUGAUGCAUGAAUGCGAGAGUUUUGAAGCCCGCAUUUACAUACUUUCGUUGGAGGUGGUUGCUUGAACGCUUGUUGCCGAGGCCGAUGUGAAAGUAGCACAAAAUAUUUAACAAGCUGUGCCAGAAAAUAUUUAACCUAUGAAAUAAAAGUUUAUGACUACAAAUUUACAGUUUUGUGGUUUUCGAUUUGUGAAAAACCUGUUUUUUUUUUUGUUUCGUUUAAGAGUCGUGUUAUAAACGAAUUUCUGCUUUUACCCGAUGACCUUCCUGUCAUUGAAUGCAACGCGCCUUCAGCCUCAGUUUGAUGCAACGAAGUGUGAAAGGAGAAACUUCCUGUUUGAAGCUGUUUGGCCGAUUUGGUUUAGUGGAUGUUUUAGCGCUAACAUAAAGAACAGCUUUGUGCUUGGAAUGCAGACACUCGCCUGAUGCCAUCGAAACUCCACUUUAAGGGGAAUUCACCUCAACUUUGACCUGGAAACUGUCUUUGCAUUGGCCGACGUUCAGUCACUGGAACAGAGGCCGACGCCGACUGAACUUUAAACCUGAUGUGACUCUGGAUUAAGAUCAGCUAACAGAAAUGUUGAGUGCUUUGUGCUACACCAGUAUUAUAAAUAAAACAGCAAUUCUGUUUGC